AUGCUUGUCAAGUUCAAUGGAGUCUCUGAGUUGCUGAAUGACUGGUGCUCACUUGGCCUUGAUUCCAAGCAGUUUGCAGAGGACCUUUUGAACAUGUUCCCGAAGUCUGAUGCAAUUGCCUUCGCAUCAUGCUUGCCUGGGAAUGACUCGGAUGAGUUCAACCUACACCUGAGUGAUCUUUCUUGGUUUCCAUCUGCUUCAACGAAGCCACCGCCAUAUCUUCACACAUGCCUUGCCCUGUGGGAUGAAAUCACAACCAAUGGCUUUGUCACCAAAGGUUUGAAGCUGAACAUCAUGCAUCCAGUGCUCUAUGACAGCUUGCGCUUCAUUUGUUGCAGGCGUGGUUCAAUGUCAAAUGACCUGAUGAGGGUGGCAUUUACAAAUGCCAAGCUAAGUGCUCGAGGAUCGAUUCGAAGGUCCCAUGAUGUUGCAACUUGGUUAUCCAAGAUGAGCAUGCUAUGUGAACGUGGCUUAAAAGCAGACAGUGCGAUCAAGUCAUGGAACUCAGAGGCGACCCGUGAAUCUCAGUUGGUGGGUCAGAAACGUGUUGCUCUCUUGGCGCUUCUCAAUGCUCCAAAUGGGACAAAGGAACUUCUUCUCCAGCAUGCCUCUUUCUUUGGAAGUAGUUCAGCAUAUUCUGAAGAGUGCUUCUCCGCCAAGAACCUUUUCCCAGGGUCUCAGCCUCGAAGUGUGCUGGACAAAGCUUGGCGCGCCCGCCUCACUGUCACAGAUCCAGGCUUCUUGCUUUUCUCGCAGUACACAGAUGCUUGCCACCAUCAAAAAGUACCUGAAGUCCGAGGAAAACUGAGCAAGGAGAGGAUUUUGGAGCUCAGUCAACUUGCGCAGUUGGUGACCUCAAUGGAACAGGAGUUGAAGGAUGGUGGCGUUGUGACUACCAAGAUCUCUGAGGCUUUGCUGGCUUGUGAUGGCAACCUGGAGUUAGAACUCCAAGUAGCAUUGAGCGAGAAGAGUUCCAAAUGGAAAAUUGCAGAUGUGACGCUUGUGCAGGAAGUUCUGAAGAAUCAUUCCGCAGCAGCUGACUCAAAGUUCUAUGUCGAGAAGCGGAUGGUUGCAGCAGGUGAGCUUGAACGAGAAGAGUAUGACCUGAUGAAGAAGAUGUUUGAGCAUGACCUGAAGAGCUUUGAGAACUGGAAGGUUCGCUGCGCAGACCGGGAUGCUGCCAUUUACCAUGCAGAACUGCAACAUAAGGUUCACCGACAAGCAGAAGCUCAAAAGCAAGCAUCCAGCUUGUUGGAUCCAGCUAGUUCGAACUGGAUGGCUUCCUUGGAGGUCCUUGGAAACGCCCAGGACACCCUGCACCGCAUCAAGGCCACUGUUGGCAAGAUCAAGCAGAUAUUCCAGAUUCCAGCCGAGGAGAUCUACGUGGUGGCUGUGUGCAACUGGAGUUCACCAAGUCUUGUCUCUUCUGCAGCACAAAAAUGCCAAGCCACGGUCCUUGGUGCCCUGUGCAAUGAUGCUGUUGGCUGUGGACGAACCAUUGGCCUAGUUCUUGAGCCAUGUCACACCUACAGCAAAGGCCAGCUGUGGAAACAGGAGGAGCUGUUGCGCAAGCAGUUGGUGAACAAUCGAUGCAACAUAGAUGGUCGCUUUGUUCUGCCAUUUGUUGAAAGGCAAGACGAUCGAGAUCAAAGGUCUAUGUGUCGACAUGGACGGCUGAUAUUCCCCAGUGACGAUGACCAAUGUGGUCAGGCUGAAUGGGCAAAGCAGCACCAUGUGGAGAAGCUAUUCGAGUCCUUCUUGAGCGAGGAGUACAAGCCCUUGACACCUCUCCCUGGCCCCCCGGAUCAGUUGGCUCAGCCUGGCCCUCAACAUCCUACUUUGAGUUUGCUGGCUUGGGGCACUGGCAAAGCAAAGGACACUUUGAAAACACCGGAUAAAGUCCUCAAAGCUUGGUGGGAUGGAAAUUUUGCUUCUGAGUUCAGGGCCUUAGUGGAGGAGGCAAGACAAAACCAUCAGCUUGACAUCAAGAUCGAUGAGAGCCAGAACGCUCAAACUCAAAAGCGCCGGCGGGUCAAUGCUGAAGGUGAGUCUGUGCCAGGCCAAAACAACAGCAGCUCUUCUAGCACGCCUGCAGCAGCCACAACCACAGAUGUGAAGGUGGUGGACGUUCCGGACAUUCCAACCCUUUGCUUUGAGUGCAAGGUCACUUCCAACCCGAGCCUUGUUCUGAAGGUCACUAUUGGCCAAGGUGUGUUCUUGGAGAAUUUGAUGGAUACUCCACAGGUGUUGAAGGCAGGAGUGGUUCUGUGUGGGUACUACAAAGGCAAGUUUUGGUCACCAGAUGGCAAUGGAGAGAAGCCAUGCGAGAAGUCGGAUGUCUUGUUCCGAUUGGAGUCCAGUAUGGACCAUGUGAUGCUCAACUCGAAGUACCUGAAGGUCUCUGAAGUGAUUAGGGAGAAGCGCAAAUUGACACCAGCGGACGCUCAUGUGGCCUAUCAUGAACUGCAGGAUUCGCCGACACCUACUGAUGCAUCUGCAUUCAACUUGGUGCCCAAGAAAAUGGAUGUCUUCUUCAAGAUCUCGGACUUUCCUGCAGUGAAGCAAGAAGAAGAUGGUCAGGAUAAGUUGAUGAUUCCUUCCGCUCACUUGGCUGGAACUGUGCCAUCAAAGGUGUGGCAAACAAGUGAUCUUGCCAAGGUCACUUGGGCUGUGAAAUGGCCUGCAGUGGCUUCAAAAGGUCUACAACCUGUCAGGCCAAUGAUCGUCUGCGCAAAGGACAUUACUGUUCCGCCAAAGCAAGCUGUGGAAGUUGUGAAGCCUAGCACCUGA